AUGGGGAGUCUUUCAUCGGCCAGAGAAGUAGCACCCGAGAAAGGGAUAGGCUUUGACAACAGAGAAUCGGGAGGAAAGUAUGUGAAGCCCGCUCUCGGAAAAGUCGAUGCCGAAGGGGAAACGGGGAUAUUUGCAAAAGAUGGGAUUGAAGAAAUCCGACGCAGGUAUAAACGGGUGCCAGAUGUGGAGGACCCCAGUGAUCUUGAGGCCCUGCUGCAAUGGCUGCGCAGCAAAAAGGACAGGUUCCAGAAGCAGCGCAAAAAGGACGGUCCGCUAGAUUACCUCACUUAUGCGCUCCCUGCCACUCGCUGGCUGCGCAACUACAGCUUCAAGCAAAACCUACUGUAUGACCUGGUGGCAGGCAUUUCCAUCUCUGCCAUGAUAGUGCCCCAUGGCUUGAGCUAUGCCAGCCUCAAUGGCGGCCUGCCGCCGGUGUUUGGCCUCUACAACGGAUUUGUCACCCUGCUCAUCUACUCAGCAUUUGGCAGCUGCCGCACGCUAUCCGUGUAUGACGGCGUGAAGGACCUGAACCCAGUGUACACCAAGAUCACGGACCAUAACAAUCCAAAGGGGGCAGAGCAGAUUGCUGCGCAGCUCGACUUCAACACCUACGUGAUUCAGGUUACCUUUCUGGUGGGCGUGAUUCAGCUGCUGGUAUGGGCGCUGCGUCUUUCCUUCCUGCUCAAGCUGCUCUCCCGCUCCGUCAUGUCCGGCUUCACCACCGCCGUCUCUGUCAUUUUCAUCACUGCCAAUAUUAAGAAUCUGGUCGGCUAUUCCACAGCGUCCUCCAAUCGGGUAUACAUCCAGAUCUACUACAUCUUCAAGAACAUCCGCGGCUUCCAGUGGCAGGAGUUUGUCAUGGGAGGCCUGCUGCUGCUCCUGCUGUUCUUCUUCCAAUUCCUCAGCAACCGCAACCCCAGGAGGCUGCGUUUCUUGAAGGUGUUUGGGCCGCUGACAGCAAUGGUGAUUGCCAUAGUUCUUGUGGUCACGCUGCACCUGGACAAGAGGGGCAUCAAAGUGGUCGGCAAAAUCCCCAAGGGCCUGCCGCCAGUCACAGUGCAGCAGUGGUUUCCGAUGAAGCACUUUGGGAGGCUGCUGACGGUGGCCAUCACGGCCGCUGCUGUUUCUCUGCUGGACGCCAACGCCAUAGGCAAAGUGGUGGCCGCGAAGGGCGGAUAUAAAACGGACAACAGUGGAGAGUUUCUAGCAAUCUCCCUCAUGAACCUGGUCGGCCCCAUCUUCAGCUGCACAGCAACUUCCGGCAACUUCUCGCGCACUGCGGUUUGGACCCAGAUCGGCGGCAAGACGCAGCUGGGAGGCUUUGUGACAGCCUGGAUCGUGGCGCUGUGCUUGCUGGUGGCCACCGGUGCCUUCAGGUACAUACCCAACAACACGCUGGCAGCCAUCACAAUCUACGGCCUCUCCGGCCUCUUUGACGGCCAGCACGCGCUCUACCUCUGGAAGGUCGGCAAGACGGACUUCCUGAUCUGGAAUCUGGCCUUCUGGGUUGCCACCAUGCAUUCUGUGGAGCUGGGCCUGGGAGCCUCCAUCGGCGCCUCCAUCCUCUUCACUGUCCUCCGUACAAUCUCCACCCAGCUCAAGCACAAGGGUGAGGUGCAGGACUCCAGCGGACCUGUGUACCGCAGCGCAGCCCACUACGGCGCAGCUGAGCUGCACCCCUCGGUGCGCGUGGUGGCAGUGGAGGCUGACAUCUACUUCCCCAACGUGGAGGACCUGCAGGACAGCCUGGCAGAGCUGCGCGAGUUAGAGGCAGCUCGAGGGAAUCAGCUGUCCUUCAUCAUCUUGGACCUGUCGGCUUCGCCACACAUCGACCCAACCGCCAUCCACUUCCUCAAAGAGAUCAUCGCGCAGAACGCAGAAGGGGGCGUCACUGUCUUGCUGGCAAAUCCCAGCCAGCAGUUUCAGGCCACCCUGCAGCGAGCGGGCGUGCUGGAAAGCGUGGUGGGCGCUGCCCGCCUGUUUGUCAGCGCCCGCGAUGCUGUCAGCUUUGCGCAGGACACGCUGACAGCAUCCAAGGUGUGA